GAGGCGGGAUCUACCGCUUGGUCCUCCCUUUGUGGGCGUGGCCAGGUAACGCCUCGCCUCUGUGACGUCAUUACGCUGUCGCCGCGCCCACUUGCCUCUGACGCUGACACUGUGACGUCAGCUGGACGCUUCAUUUCUUCUACGGCAGAAUGUGAGCUGGCGGCAGGCUGCACCCGGCGCCGGACCCGAGGCUGGUGCGGAGCCGAGCCCAGCAUGGGGCCUAAAUCCACGUGGUAGUGGCCGGCGUUCCCUCGCCGCCGUCUCGCGUCCCUCUCCACAGCUGGGCCCGGAGAUGCCCGGCAUCUCGGGCCGCGGCCUCUCUCUGGAGGAACGGAGGCAGCUAGCUGUGAACCUCACCCGUGUCCUGGCCCUCUACCGUUCCAUCCUGGAUGCCUACAUCAUCGAGUUUUUCACGGACAACCUGUGGGGCACACUCCCUGGCUCGUGGCAGGAGGCCCUGGAUAGACUGAGCCCGCCCCAGCUGGCCACGCUGCUCCUGGGCAUGCCUGCAGAAGGGGAAGCGGUCAGGUACAGGUCGGUGUGGCCACUCACUCUGCUGGCCCUGAAGGCCACAGCCUGUGCCCUGGCUUUCACCCGGACACCUGGCUUCCAGACUCCUUCCGAGUUCUUGGAGAACCCCAGCCAGAGCUCCCGACUCCCACCUCUGUUCCGGAAGCAUGUCAGGCCCAAGAAGCAGCAUGAGAUCCGGAGGCUGGGAGAGGUGAGGACACAUCUGGGGGGGAGAGGUUGGGUCUGGGAACCCAUAGAGGCUGUCAGUCCGAGGGGUACAUGCAGUGUGCCCCCGCCCUCACAUGCAGGAUCAAAGGCCCCGCUCGGCAGAAUAACUGCUAAUCGAGUCUCAGUGCCGUUGGUGAAGAAGCUGCGUGACCUCACAGGCUGCACCCAGGUUGUGGACGUGGGCUCGGGCCAGGGUCAUCUCUCCCGCUUCAUGUCUCUGGGGCUGGGGCUGUCGGUGAAGAGCAUCGAGGGGGACCAGAGACUGGUGGAGAGAGCCCAGCGCCUGGACCAGGAGCUCCUGCAGGCCUUGGAGAAGCAGCAGAGGCGGGCCCCACAGGUGGUCCACGCCGGCCCUCGCCACCCCCCACGCCACGUGGUUAAGUGGGUAGACCCCACAGCUCUGUGUGAAGAGCUGCUGCUGCCCCUGGAACCCCCACCUCCAGGAGGGGCCGCCCGCCUGCUGCUGACAGGCCUCCACGCCUGUGGGGAUCUGAGCGUGGCCUUGCUGCGGCACUUCUGCCGCUGCCCCGAAGUGGCAGCCCUGGCCUCCGUGGGCUGCUGCUACAUGAAGCUGAGCGACCCUGGCGGCUACCCCCUGAGCCACUGGGUGGCGGGGCUGCCUGGCUGCGAACUGCCCUACAGGUUGCGGGAGGGGGCCUGCCACGCCCUGGAGGAGUACGCGGAGCGGCUCCGGAAGGCAGGCCCAGGCCUCCGCACCCACUGCUACCGGGCGGCACUGGAGGCCGUCAUCCGCGGCGCCCAGCCCAAGCUCCGUCGGCCAGGCGUGCAGGGGAUCCCCAGGGUCCACGAGCUCAAGAUUGAAGAGUACGUGCAGCGGGGGCUGCGGCGAGUGGGCCUGGACCCCCAGUUGCCCCUGAACGUGGCUGCCCUUCAGGCCCACCAGGCCCAGGAGCACCGGGUGGUGGCCUUCUUCAGCCUGGCCCUGCUGCUGGCCCCCCUGGUGGAGACGCUGAUUCUGCUGGACCGUCUUCUCUACCUCCAGGAGCAGGGCUUCCAUGCGGAGCUCCUGCCUCUCUUCAGCCCUGAACUCUCUCCCAGAAACCUAGUCCUGGUGGCCACCAAGACACCCCUGGGGCAGGCCUUCUCCGCCCUGGAGACUGAAGACAGCUGACAAAGCCCAGGAAGGAAGGACACUCCUCUUCUCUGGCCCUUCUGAAGCCCCCCAGCGGCAGGGGGUGGUGGGCCCUGGUGGGGGGCCUGCCCGUGCCACACCACCUCACCCAGAAGAGAACCAGCACCCUCAUCCUCCCUGGGAAUUUGGUCCCCACGGGGCUUCAGUUUCCCACCCUCUCUUCCCUCUGUGUGUAGAGUAUAUAUUGUGUAAGGAUUUAUUUUUAAUUUAUUAAAAAACAGAAAUCUUUA